AUGGACAUGUCACACAUGGACAUGGGCACAUCCACCACAAUGGACAUGGCCGCCACGGGCACCGCGUCCUCCGCCGCCGCAGCGACCACCAGCGCAAUGUCGAUGAGUGUGGGCGGAGGCAACUCGUGCAAGAUAUCUAUGCUCUGGAACUGGAACACGGUCGACUCAUGCUUCAUCUCGAGCUCAUGGCACGUCACCAGCCGCGGCAUGUUCGCAGGCUCCUGCAUCGGCGUGCUGCUCCUCGUCAUGCUCCUUGAGCUGCUGCGCAGGAUGGUCAAGGAGUACGACGCCCUGCUCGUCCGUAAGCAUUCCACCAACAGCAACAGCAGCAGCAGCACAUAUGUCGGUGACGCCGCCGCCGGCCGUGCCCAGCAGCAGCAGCAUGUUGCCUCGGAGAGCGGGGAGAGCAAAGACCACGGCGUGAACGUGCAGCCCGUCGGCGCCGUUGACCCUUCCGGCCGCUUCCGGCCGACCGUGCUCGAGCAGGCUGUGCGUGCCCUUCUGCACAUGUGCCAGUUUGCUGUCGCCUACUUUGUCAUGCUGUUGGCCAUGUAUUACAACGGAUACAUCAUCAUCUGCAUAUUCAUAGGGGCAUUCCUGGGCUCUUUUGUCUUCCACUACGAGUGGAUGGGCUCAGAGUAA